AAUGAAAAAAAAAAUUAACAUUUUAAUCUUCUCUUCCAUACAAUUCUAACAAUUUGAGUUCCUCACUCCUCUCCAAUGCUCUGCUGAGUUGUUUUCUUCUUUCUACCAAAUCCGGUCACUCUUCUUCACAAUAUGUGAAGAAGUGGCCACUGUUGCUGAAUCACUUAUUGCCUCUUUUGCUUUUCCUUCAAUCAUGUCUUUCUCUUCUUGCCUUUCCCAUUCCCCAUUGACACUCAAGCCUAUAAAACCUUGUGGUUCUGUUGUGAAGGGGCAAAGUUUUGCUUUCUCUUUCAGAAGUCAUGGGCCUGAGCUUUGUGACAGAGACAUUGUGAGGAGUAGAAGGUUGCAGGGAAAUUUACCAAGGGUCAACUUAAGUGGAGAUUGGAGUUUCAUAGGAGGAUCCAAAAUUGUUAUGAAACCAAAUGCUACAAGAUUGCUUCAUUAUCCAAAAAGGGGUCAAAUGCAAGCUUCAUGCUUCAUAGGAUCUCAACUUGCUAGCACUGCAUUUACGGCUGGAACUGUAGCUGUUCUCCCAUUUUACACACUUAUGGUUCUAGCUCCAAAUUCUGAUCUAACCAAGAAAUCUAUGGAGAGUAGUCUACCAUAUGUAGUGCUUGGGAUUCUUUAUGCAUAUUUAUUGUACCUUUCUUGGACCCCUGAGACAUUUCGGUUGAUUUUUGCAAGUAAAUACUUGCUACCAGAGCUGCCUGGUAUAGCAAGAAUGUUCUCCAGUGAGUUGACUUUGGCCUCUGCAUGGAUUCACCUGUUGGUUGUUGAUCUUUUUGCUGCAAGGCAUGUUUUUCAAGAUGGAUUGAAGAAUCAGAUUGAAACUCGGCAUUCUGUUUCUUUUUGCUUGUUCUUUUGCCCCAUUGGGAUUCUUACUCAUGUCAUCACCAAAGCCAUCACCAAACCUGCCACAAAAGAGGGUCAUGGUGUAUAGAGGCACCUGCUUAUACCCAAGCAACAAGGAUUUCAUUUUAUUUGAAUAAAAGUUUGACGAAGAAAUGUCUGAGUUGAACUCACGAAUUUUCUAGGUACUUAAUAUCCGUCACAAGUCGGUCCAAACAAAAGGACCUUGCAAUGAGAUGCAAUUGAAAUUUAUGGAAAAAA